AUGUGUAUUGAUUAUAGGCAAUUGAACAAGGUAACAAUUAAGAACAAGUAUCCCUUGCCUCGCAUUGAUGAUCUAUUUGACCAGCUUCAGGAAGUGAGAGUGUUCUCCAAGAUUGAUCUCCGUUCAGGUUAUCACCAGUUGAAGAUCAGGGACUCGAAUAUUCUUAAGAUGGCUUUCAGGACCCGAUAUGGUCAUUAUGAGUUCUUGGUGAUGUCUUUUGGGCUGACCAAUGCCCCAGCAACAUUCAUGCAUUUGAUGAACAGUGUGUUCCGACCUUAUCUCGACUCGUUUGUCAUAGUCUUUAUUGAUGAUUUUCUGGUGCACUCACGUAGUCAGGAGGAGCACGCGGAGCAUUUGAGAGUUGUGUUUCAGAGAUUGAGGGAGGAGAAGCUUUAUGCAAAAUUCUCC